CAGGCCGACAAAGCCCUGUGCGCGCCGCGCGACUCUCUUUGGCCGCGCAGUGAGGCAGCAGGCCUCGCCUGCCGCCCCAUGCACCACGCCGACGCCGGGGGCGGCAGGCGGUUGACGCGUCGCUCCUUUGCGGAUGCGGCCUCGCGGCAGCUCCUUUGCAACGACGGCAGCGAGGCGGGCUUCUACCUCUCGGAAGGAGACGGCAGCAACAGCCUCGUCCUGCUCUAUCAGCAGAGCGGCGGCUGGUGUUGGGACCGAGCCUCGUGCGACAAGCGACCAGAGUGGUACACCGGGAACAGCAGGUGGGAAAGCACAAAGGCUCCAGGCGGCAUCUUUGACAGCGCGCUCUUCGCCGGCGCGACUCAGGUCUACCUCCCCUACUGCUCAUCCGACGCGUGGAUGAGCGAGAUGGGCUUUCACGCCAACUUCUCCAAGUGGUUCCGCGGCCGGGCCAUCCGCGAUGCGGCUGUCGACGAGCUCGUUGCUGCCGGCCUGCUUGGCAGUGCACACAGACUCGUGUUCGCCGGGGUGUCGGCGGGCGGGAGGGGUGCGAUGGCAACCAUCGACUCGCUCGGAGAGAGGCUUGCAUCGCUGGGUAUGCCGCCGCCGUUUGGAGUGCUGGACGGGGUGGCGUACCAGGACGUCCCGCCGCUCAACUCGUGGACGCCGCUUGCCGAGCAGUGCGAGCGGGUGUGGAGGGCUCUCCAGGUGGAGCCUCCGGCGCACUGCACCGCGCAGUUCCCUGCGCGUGAAGCGUGGAAGUGCAUCAUGGGCACCUACGCGCUGCCGCGGCUCGCGUCCGAGUUCCUGGCCGUCACGUUCCUGUACGACUCCUACCAGCUGGGCAACCUGGGCUACAUGUACGGCCAGGUGACGGCCGUCGAUUUUGCCUACGCCGAGUGGUUCCGAAUGCUCAACGAGAAGACGAACGCCGACGUUUAUGCAGCCGGCAACUCCGCCUUCGGGCCGGCGUGCUACGAGCACGGCGCGGGUGGCGACACUUGGUUCUCGAUCAAGGUGGGCGGCGUCAGCGCCGACGACAUGCUGCGCGACGCACUCCGCGGCGACUACGCAAACGUGGUCGAUCGCCACGACCACGUCGACACGAACCCGACCUGUCCCAAGUUUACCGAAGUGGCCGUCUCGCCGCCGGUGGAGGGCGCCCGGCUGCACGGCAAGGGCGAGGGCGGCUGGUGCGCCGGAGAGCCGUACAGCCGCCUCGAUGCCCAGGCGGGCAUCAUGUCGUACUCGGACUGCGAGGCCGCGUGUUUCGCCGCGGAUGAGUGCGCCUAUUUCUCCUCCGGCAACGGCUUUGUCGGCUCGUCCCUCCCACCUGCCCUCUCCUCCGCGCUCGCCGUCGCCUCCUGGCCCUUGUACCGUGUGGUGGACGCCCUGUCGGUGCAGCCUCCGCGCGGGUGCCUGCUCUUCGCGGCCGCCCCGUGCGACCUCGUCUCCGGCGCGCCCUUCUCGCGCCUCUACGCCACCUACGCGCGGGUGUCCAUCGUGCGGGGAUACACAGAGGUGCCCGCGUCGCAUUGCGACAGCGGCCUCGUCCUCGAGAGCGCGAAGGGGGCGACGUUUGAGGAGUGCGCCGCCACGUGCGACCACCGGCCGGGCUGCACGCACCUCAGCUACAGCGACACACCGCUCUCCGAUCCGACACCGAUCUUCUCGAGGGGGCAAUCCACGCCCUUCGAGCCGGCGGGCGUGCGGUGUCUGCUGUUCGGAGCGUGCGAUCCCACCUCGACGUCGCCGGGCGCCUUCAACACCUCGUACCGCCUCUACGCAAAGGCAUCGCACGCUAGAUGCCGUGGUGAGCACGAGUUUGGCCUCUAUCACGCGGGGGCGCAAUGCGACGGCGGCGCGGAGGCCGAGACGCGGGUCGACACCCUCGAGUCGAUCGAGACUUUGCACGAGUGCCGGCAGCUGUGCGCGGCAGAGCCGGAGUGCCGCUUCCUGUCCUACUCCCCCGGGGGUGGGGACGGGCUGGGCGGGCGGUGCCUGCUGCACAGCGCGUGCUGGCGCGACCGGAUCAUCGUCGAGGCAAACUUCAGCGUCUCUUGGAAGGCAGGGCACAGCGCCUCGCCGGCCGACGCCGCCUUCUCGAGAGAGGGGGCCGCGAGGCUUUGGGAGGAGCCCCACGCCCUCCUCUCCCAGCAGCCCGCGCGAGUCGCUGCGGGGCCAGCCAGCUCGCUCCCGCCGUUUGGCAUGGCGGGGGUCGCGGCCGGUGCCACAGCGGCCCUAGCGGGCUUGAUCUUCCUCGCCAGCGCAGCGCGCGUGCGCAUGUCUGCGCUGGGAUCGAGGGUUCAGCCACAGCAGCAUUAGAACUUGCACUGGUCUAGCCAUUGAGGGAGAAUCGAGCGAGAGAGGGGAGUACAGGGUCCCCAGACCCCACCUGCACGACGGCGGAGGCGGCGCGGCCUGGCGGAGCCGGUGGAGCGGCGGCGAGGGCGAGGUGGAGGGCGGCGGCGGCGUGGGCGGCGGACAGGGGGUAGUGGAGGAGAAUAGGAAAGGCAGAAACCUUAGGCGCGGACAGACUUCUCCAUUAUUUACUGGAGCACUGCCCACUGAUAGGAAGAAGAACUUUUGGAAGGACGAUCAGGGCUCA